AUGCCUAGGUUCAGACCAAGGAAGACAGACAGAGGAGUGUCACUGUCCAUAUUGGAAGUUGCCUCCAAUGAAGUGUCAAGGGACAACUCAGUGAGGGCUGUGGCAAAGUCCUAUGACAUUUGUCAUGUGACCUUGUACCGCUACUUGCGAAAGAAGGAGAAGUUUCAGGCAGGAGAACAGGGUGCAGCAGCUCCAACUGCAAGGUACAACCCAGCUAGUAGGGUAUUCACAGUGGAGCAGGAGCUCAAGUUGAUGGAGUACCUGGGAGUUGCCUCAGACCAACAUGUUGGGUUGUCUCCUAUAGAGGAAGCUCCACCCCAGGCUCCUAAGUAUGCUCUGGCCCAGGCUGCUGCUUCGCCCCAGGCUGCUCAGCAUGCUCUGCCCCAGGCUGCUCAGCAUGCUCUGCCCCAGGCUGCUGCUUCGCCCCAGGCUGCUGCUUCGCCCCAGGCUGCUCAGCAUGCUCUGCCCCAGGCUGCUAUGCCCCAGCCUCCCCAGGUUGAAUUCUCACCUGCCAAAGUAAGACCCCACCCUAAAGCUUCUCCACGCAAGUUGUGCUCAAAAAUUCCAGUCCAGCAGCAUGAGAGGGAACGCCCAUGUGAAGGCUCUCAGAAGGAGAAGAAAAGUGAUGAACUCCGAAUCAUUUUGGUGGGGAAGACAGGAGCAGGGAAGAGUGCAGCAGGAAACACCAUCCUGGGGAGAGAAGCGUUCCAGUCUGAACUGUCUUCUUCUUCCUGGACACUUCAAUGCAAGAGAGAAGAUGGAGCAGUAGGCGGUCAAAAGGUUGCCGUCAUCGACACUCCAGGACUGUUUGACACUAACUUCACCGAAGAUGAAGUGCUGAAGAAGAUCCAGAUGUGCAUCUCUCUGUCUGCUCCUGGUCCUCACGCCUUCCUGGUGGUCCUUAAGCUGGGCAGGUUCACCAAGGAGGAGAAGGAAACCAUCCAGAUGAUCCAUAGUACCUUUGGUGAGGAGGCAGCGAAAUACUCACUCGUGCUGUUCACGCAUGGAGACUAUCUAAAGAAACAAACUAUUGAAGGCUUUCUUUCAAAGAGUAAAGAGCUCAGAGAGUUCAUAGAGGCAUGCUACGGAAGAUAUCACGUCUUCAACAACCAAGUAAAAGACCAGGCACAGGUCGAUCAGCUCCUGGAGAAAAUUGUCACAAUGACAUUGGAGAACGGUGGAGAGCACUACACCACAAAGAUGUUCAAGAGAGCAAAAAAGGCCUCAAAGAAAGAGAAGAAAAGACUUUCAAAGGAGCUGAAGGCAGCAGAACAGGAGAGGAGCCAAACCCUAAAGGCUGAGAUUGAAAGAGAAAUUAAAUUAGCACAAGGGUCAAUGAAACACAACAAAUGUCUUCUGCAGUAGGAGAUGGAGGUAUCCUGGUUAUUCAGAAGCAGAUGAAUUUGGUGAACAGGCAUAGCUGAACUUUAAGACUGAAGGUCCUUUCAUCUGCUGAUUAAAAGUCACUUUUACAAACCUACAUACAGCCAGGAAGCUUUGGUCUAACCAUGUCUGCAGGAUUUCUUUGUACUCCAUUUAGUGUAGCUGCAUACACAUUUACAUGCUGAGUCAUGGUGUGUUUAAAGGCGGUUUAGCAGCUGCAGUCAGAUGUCGGGGAGUUGUUUGAUUUUUCACUUUGCCACCAAAUCAGCUCUGGUUCUAGGUCCAGGUCCAUUCAAGAUUCUUGGAGCCUUGGAGUUUUCCAGUUAUCCCACCUGUAUUUCCACCAGUUUUGCGCAGAGCCAUUGUAACCAAGAAUAGGUCAUCAAUGGAGGACAUUACACAAAGCACACGGGAAGUAAACAGCAGCAAAAUCACAUGUUACAUUGAUUACAUGCAAACUUUAGUUCUGUUAGUACAGAUAUUUCUUUUUAACCCCAAAAAAAACAAGCAUGGACCAACUAUUAAUGAGAAACUAUUCAUAAUUUGGUGCGUGAACCAGAACGGAACCAGUUUUAUGAUGGUAAGAAAGGGUUUUCACAAAUUCUGUAAUGCUAAUGAACUCAUUACCAAACACACAAUUGAUUAAACAAACCCGUGGUAGAGACAGAGGGAGAAAAUGAAAACUAAUGCGAUAAAGUACAGUCACAAUGAUCCUUUUGUGUACAGCCCAGUUCAGACCAAAGAUUUGCAACGAAACAAGUUAGAACAGGCAAGUACUUGCACAAAACCAGCCGCCCAUGAUUUGGCCAUGUAAGUUGCAGGUCACACCAUCAGCUGGCUUGAGUUGCGCUUACACCGGCCAGUUCACACCGCUGAAACUUUUCUCUGCAAUAUUAUUAAAUGAUUUUGUCUUGUCGCCAAUCAUUGGUCUGAACUGGGUUUAAGAAUGCAGGUUCACUGUGAAGUCGACACUACUGUACUGCAUUAUUUAUAAAUUGCAUUUAAAUUCAUGUUGCUAUCUCGAGGAAAUUACCAUUCUGUAGAGAAUUAGUUAGUUUACAUUAUUAUUUUACCAUUUUAUUUAGAUUUGCAGUAAUUAUCCAAAUUUAGUGAUGAACAUACACUCAGAACAUUUACAUGCACAGUUAAGUUGAGCUAUGUUUAUAGCUCGACAAGGCUAUUUAAUUGGACUACUGUCCUUGUCCCACUAUACAAGCACAAGAGGGGCAUCAAUUAUCAACCUAAGUGUGUCUGAGUUCACUAUGAUAGGUGGGGAAAAUCAAAAUGAAAGAGGCUGCUGCGUGCUGUAAAACAGCAGCCUGAACAAUACUGACGUUCUUAACUAUAUGAUUGAUUUAACUUCUCAUACGGUAUGGUUCUCAAAAGGAACAUAUCGGAGGAUAUCGACGACCUAAAAAAGUCGCUCGAUUUCCUCACGGAAGAAGUUUCUGCUGUCCACAAACAGCAACUUCAUAAAUAGAGCCAACAAAAAGGCUCUAUUUAGCCAACUGCAUGACCGCUGCUAUUGAUGUAUGUAUGUGAAUGUAUUUCUAUAGAGAUUAUCAUGAAGAAAAAGAAAAACAUCACUGUUAGCUGUGUUUACAGAGCUCCCAGGUCCAGUGUAGAAAAGUUUAACCCUUGUGUUACCCCUGGACAUUUUUGUCCAUUUCCAAAAUUCAAAACUCCCUCACAGACAAAUUAAAAGGUCACAGGGGGGUGAUUUUUUGCAUGGGGGUGUCAUUCUGGGUGAAAUUUCAAAAUCUCAACUUUCAGCAUGAAAAUCCGUUAUUUGAACCUGUAAUGCA